AUGGCUAGCUAUCUGUGGAGAAAGUAUGCAGACUCUAUUUACAGCAAAUGGGAAAGAACGCUUCUUUGGGACAUGUUAGAGCCCUAUCGACCCAAAUCUUUUACGCCUCUCGUUACUAUUUACAUUGCAGCCUUUUACGCUGGCGUCAUCGGUGCCGCCAUUUCUGAGCAACUCUAUAAGGAAAAGUACUGGGAAGAUCACCCUGGGAAAGCAGUGCCGCUCAUGAAGCCGAAAUUUUAUGGUGGUACCUGGAAGGUGCACAAAGGUGAUGUCCUGCCACCUAAUCGGUGAAAGCAGGAAGAUCCAGUCAAAGAACUAUUUUGCCAUUCCUUCUGUUUUACUCAAUUUCUGUAUACAGGUUAAGAUUUGGUAGUCUUUAGGAUGCAUCUGGAAAUUAAUUACAGUGGAGACGAUGUUUGUCAAUGACUAGUUGAGGUAGAAGAUUGUUUAGUCUUUAAUUGUUUCUAGCAUCAGAUUUACAUAGGAGGAGCCUUGCUGUUUCCAUGUGAAAAGGAGA